CCUCGAUCUCAACAGCUGAGAGCGGGCUUCAGGCACUGCCAGAUUUGCCCAUGUCUCAGGCCAUAACAAACCAAACGGGAAAGAAUCACGAAAUGCAGUCAGCGUUGGCAACGAAGAAUUAUCUUCAUGCUUUUAAGUGUCUUCAAUUUGUUUUCGUGAUCGAUCUUUUGGUAUCAAGUAUCAGAACAGGACGCCUAUAAGUAUCGUGAAGAUUCCCUUCAAAUUCUCAUCAUCAACAAUUGCAAAUACAGACAAACACAAACAGCAAACACAACUAGCCAAUCAACCCAACCAUUCUUCAAAAUGAAGAUCAGCAGCAUCAUCCCACUAUUUGCAGCUCUCGCCGCAGUCAAGGCUCAGAUUGCCCCUGGACCCUAUACCAUUCGAUCCCUAGCUUCUGAUGAACGAGGGUACGUCGGCCGCAGCCCAAACGAGGACACCUCCAUAAACCCAAAGCCUAUCCUUCUCCUUGAUAAUGGGAACAUUGAUUUGUGGGAUGUUCAACCUGCGACUGAGGGCAGGUAUCGCUUGACUAUUCGAAACAACCCCAUUGGAGGAUUCGACGACCGCCUUUUCGCCUUUCCUACCAACGAUCCUAGGAUUAACCUAGAGUGGUUCAUUACACCGGUGGUGGGGUACGGCGCUAAUAACUACAUCGUAGAGACUGCUCACAAGGCCAGGGGGUGGGUAGCCCCUGACGCUCUUAACCCGGACAGGCAGCUUGCACUCAAACCGCUUAUAGCUGGGCCUUCUAUUCCUCCAUUCUACCCUCCUUUUGAGGUUUUUACAUUUACUCCAUUGUUCUCAUAAGCGUAACAGACGCCGCUGUCCGCAAGACUAUUCAAGAGCUUCCAUGUGUUCUACAGGGUGCUCAUGGCCCG